AUGCGCUUCAAGACGACCGACGCCUUCACCGGCGAGAGCGUCCGCAAGCCCGGGCUCGACUCUUCGAUCGCCACGAUCGAGCGCACCACGACGCCCAAGACGAUGCCGCCGGCGUCGCAGCUCGUGUUCGGCCACACCUUUACCGACCACAUGCUCACGAUCCCGUGGAACAGCGAGAAGGGCUGGGGCAAGCCCGAGAUCAAGCCGUACCAGCCGCUGAGCCUGGACCCGUCGUCUACCGUGUUCCACUACGCGUUCUCGCUCUUCGAGGGCCUCAAGGCGUACAAGUCGGAGGACGGAACUGUGCGCAUGUUCCGCCCGGACAUGAACAUGGCGCGCAUGAACAAGUCGGCUGCGCGCAUCGCGCUCCCGACCUUUGACGGGGAGGAGCUCAUCGAGCUCAUCAAGAAGCUCGUCAUGCUCGACGAGAAGUGGAUCCCCUCCGAGAAGGGCUACAGCCUGUACCUCCGCCCGACGAUGAUUGGCACGCAGGAGGCGCUCGGUGUCGGUCCCUCGUCCGAUGCGCUGCUCUUCGUCAUCUGCUCCCCCGUCGGCCCCUACUACGCCUCGGGCUUCAAGCCCGUGCAGCUCUACGCUACCACGGAGUUUGUCCGCGCCGCCCCCGGCGGAACGGGCGGCUACAAGCUCGGCGCCAACUAUGCCCCCGGCAUCGUGCCCCAGGCCGAGGCCGCGAAGCGCGGGUACAGCCAGAACCUCUGGCUCCUCGGCCCCGAGCACGAGCUCACCGAGGUGGGCACGAUGAACCUGUUCGUCGCCUUCCGCAAGCCCGACGGCACGGUUGAGCUCGUCACCCCGCCGCUCAAGGACAUUGUCCUGCCCGGCGUGACGCGUGACAGCACUCUGGCGCUGGCGCGCGAGCACGCCUCGGGCAAGACGCGCAUCCCCGGCCUCCCCGACAAGCUCGAGGUGAGCGAGCGCAAGCUGGUGAUGCAGGACCUGGUCGACGCCGAGAAGAACGGAACCCUCGUCGAGGUGUUUGGAACGGGCACUGCGGCGGUUGUCUCCGCCGUCGACAAGAUUGGAUACGAGGGCCGCGACAUUGAGAUCCCCUGCGGUCCCCCCGGCCAGGGCAUGGGCGACAUUGCCAAGGCCGUCCUCGACCGCAUGUCUGCCAUUCAGCAGGGCGAGAUCGAGCACCCCUGGGCCGUCGUUGCCAACGACGCCAAGCUCUGA